GUCAGCUGACUUGGACUAGCUCAGGGCCAACACGUAGGCGGUAUCCCUUUUCUCUGGGGAGCGGAUGAGGCCCUCCCCUCACACACUUCCCAUCUCUCCGCGCGCGCCCCCGCCUUGCCGGUGAGCCUGUUUGGCGGGAAGUUGGCUUAGUUGGCCUACCUGUGGCUCAGCGGGUUCUGUGGUCCCCGCCUUGUUUUUCCCCAGAAGCUUCUCAAUCUUUCGUCGGUCAUCUCGGCAUAAGGCAUAGUACCCCUUCGCACGGAGGACGCCAUGGCUCCCAGGAAACGCCCAGAAACCCAGAAGACCCCCGAGGUGGUUGUGCGCCCCAAGAGCAAGAGGAACAGAAGCCCCUGGGAGCUGGAGCCCGAGGCCAAGAAGCUCUGUUUGAAGGGCCCCGGUCCUAGCAGAAGAUUUGACUCAGGCUGCCUUUGGGCGGGGUUGGCUAGCCUGCGGGUCCCGCCACCAUGCAGCAUCGUCAGGGCCCUCCACCAGCAUAAGCUGGGCACAGCUGCCUGGCCAUCACUACAGCAGGGUCUCCAGCAGUCCUUUUUGAACUCUCUGGCUUCUUACCGGAUAUUCCAAAAGGCUGCCCCUUUUGACAGGAGGGCCACAUCCCUGGCGUGGCACCCAACUCACCCCAGCACCCUGGCUGUGGGUUCCAAAGGGGGAGAUAUCUUGCUCUGGAACUUUGGCAUAAAGGACAAACCCACCUUCAUUAAAGGGAUUGGAGCUGGAGGGAGCAUCACUGGGCUGAAGUUUAACCCUCUCAAUACCAACCAGUUUUUCACCUCCUCAAUGGAGGGAACAACUAGGCUGCAAGACUUUAAAGGCAACACUCUCCGAGUUUUUGCCAGCUCAGGCACCUGCAACUUCUGGUUUUGCAGCCUGGAUGUGUCUGUCAGAAGCCGAGUGGUGGUCACAGGAGAUAACGUGGGGAACGUGAUCCUGCUGAACAUGGACGGCAGGGAGCUUUGGAAUCUGAGAAUGCACAAAAAGAAAGUGACCCACGUGGCCCUGAACCCGUGCUGUGAUUGGUUCCUGGCCACAGCCUCCGUAGAUCAAACAGUGAAAAUCUGGGACCUGCGCCAGGUUAGAGGGAAAUCCAGCUUCCUCUACUCGCUGCUGCACAGGCAUCCCGUCAACGCAGCUCAUUUCAGUCCCGACGGUGCCCAGCUCCUGACCACUGACCAGAAGAGUGAGAUCCGUGUUUACUCUGCCUCCCAGUGGGACUGCCCCCCAAGCUUGAUCCCACACCCUCAUCGCCACUUCCAGCACCUGACACCCAUCAAGGCAACCUGGCAUCCUCGGUACAACCUCAUUGUCGUGGGCCGAUACCCAGAUCCUAAUUUCAAAAGUUGUACCUCCCAUGAAUUAAGGACGAUCGAUGUGUUUGAUGGAAGCUCAGGAAAGAUGAUGUAUCAGCUGUAUGACCCAGAAUCUUCUGGUAUCAUGUCGCUCAAUGAGUUCAAUCCCAUGGGGGACACACUGGCCUCUGUGAUGGGUUAUCACAUUCUCAUUUGGAGCCAGGAGGAAGCUGGGAAGCGUAAAUGAGAGACAUUAAUGAAGGUGGGGGCCAAGCAAGGGCUUGGAGCCCCAUGGGAACAAGUUCUGCGAGAAGAGGCGGCUUUGUGUUAAAGGGCCAGAGGUAUCCGAGUCCUUAGGGUUGGAGCAGGGGCACUGGGACUGCGACACUGGGACUGGGACACUGGCAUGUACUGUUCUGGACGUAGCUCCAGCAACUCCAGAGUUGGCAACCCAGCUGCCCCAAGGGUCCUUGCUAUAUCUAGCCUGGAGCCAAGCUUCUCUUUUCUCCUCUCUGACAUGCAGUGGCAGAGGAUCAGGUAGUGGUUUUCGAUUUGUGUUCACUAUUCACAUGGCCAAUAAAACCAUACCCGACUGA